GUCCCCCACCACACUUUCGCAUCAUGAUAAUACGGCGGUUUCUUGGGCGGCAAAGUCUGGCUCUGUUGAGACCAUCCUCCCCCCGAACGACAGCAUGCGGCAGGUUCUUCGCGACGGAUGCAGACUCGAUUCCUCCUCCGCCAGUUGCCCAGCGUACCACUACGAGCCAGACAGGUGACAUCGCCACUGCUGUGCUGGAUGCGAACCCAAAAUCGUCCUUGUCGGGACAGACAGAGGAGAGUGCCGCUCUUCGGGCUGGUGACCCGGUUGAAAACCCCCAAAAUAUAGCUGAAGCAUCGGGAUUAGCACCAGCACGAGUUGCUCCCCGAAAUAUACCCUCUACUUCGCCGUCAUCGUCAUCAUCUCCACUACCACAGAUAGCACAGCCAUCUCCCAAAGAAUUCCACAAACUCGGCUCCGUCCUCAAAGACCUCUAUAUCCCUGAAAGCCUAAUCGCAAACCCUCCCCGCGUCGAAGACAUAACCCUCAACCUCCUCCUCGCCUCGCAAACCCACCUCGGCCACGCUACGUCCCUCUGGAACCCAGCGAACGCAGAAUACAUCUUCGGCGUCCGGCAGGGCAUACACAUCAUCUCCCUGGACGUGACCGCAGCCUACCUCCGGCGCGCCGCCAAAGUCGUCCGCGAGGUCGCAAGGAAUGGCGGCCUGAUCCUCUUCGUGGGCACGCGCAAGGGCCAACGACGCAUCAUCGUCAACGCUGCCGAACGCGCCAAGGGCUGCCACGUCUUCCAGCGCUGGAUCCCCGGCAGCCUGACGAAUAGCGAGCAGAUCCUGGGCCACUGCGGCAAGCAGGUGGUCAAUGCCUUUGACGAGCCGCUGCCGGGUUACGAAGCGCAGCUGGACUCGCUCCCCGCGCUGAAGCCGGACCUGGUCGUAUGUCUGAAUCCGCUGGAGAAUCGGCCGCUGCUGCACGAAUGCGGGCUGCAUGUGAUUCCAACGAUUGGGGUCAUCGACACCGACGCGAACCCGACGCACGUUACGUAUCCGAUACCGGCGAAUGAUGAUAGUUUGCGAUCUGUUGCGGUUAUUGCUGGGGUCUUGGGGAGGGCAGGCGAGGAUGGGCAGCGAAUACGAUUGCGGGAGGCAGAGGAGGGGAAGGUUAUGUACCCUGUGAAUGAGAUCUUGGAGGAUUGGAAGCCGAAGUCUGAGGGGAUGCGGGAGCAGGAAGGGCUCAUUAGUCAGUAAACGGGACGGGUAGGUGUACCAGUGUCUCUUUUAUUUCUCCCUUUUAUACUCUGGUCUUGGUAUGCCUGACCCUUCCGGGUGCUGUUUCUUUCUACUGUAGAAAAGAUUAUGUAUAAAUAGGGUCUUUCUAGCUCAGAUUUUUAUUUUCGCUUCGCUUGGUUAUUAAUUUCUCCAUGGCCUUUUUCUAUAAUUUCUCUCUGAAAAUUUUGCGUCCUCUUCCUACUUAUCGCCCUCAGAGUGAAAUGAUGUGGUAUGAAUCACCGCCUUUCUUCUGUUUUCCACAGACAAAUAGGAACAAUAGGGUAGAGAAUCCCUUCAAUACCAUUCCAAGAAACGAUCUUUUGUC